UCUAAAGUCGUAAUUCAAAGAAAUAAAAUUCUACUGGGUUAUAUUGAAUGCUACUCCUAGUUAGGAAAUAAAGACAUAUGGAUAAAAGCCCAGAUACAAAAAUGGGGCCGAAUCUGAUUCAGGCCCAUUCUAAGUUUCGAAUAUGCAAAAUAUUAAACUUUAGGGGAAUUAAUCUUCUCCAUCGACGACAGUGAAAUGCAAAUCUUCGUGAAAACCCUAACCGGCAAAACGAUCACUCUCGAAGUCGAGAGCUCCGACACAAUCGACAAUGUGAAGGCGAAGAUCCAGGACAAGGAAGGAAUUCCGCCGGAUCAGCAGCGCCUGAUCUUCGCCGGGAAGCAGUUGGAGGAUGGCAGAACACUAGCCGAUUACAACAUUCAGAAAGAAUCCACGCUCCACCUCGUCCUCCGCCUCCGCGGCGGCUCUGGUAGCACCUGGCGAAUCCCUUUCGUGGCUAAUCACUUGUUGAAGAAGAUCACCCAGCUAAACGAGAGCUCCAAGAAGGAAUUGAUCAAGACGUGGUCUAGGGCUUCGACAAUCAUUCCCGAAAUGGUGGGGCACCGGGUUGCCGUCUACGACGGGAGGAAGCACGUGCCGUUUCGUAUUUCGGAGAAUAUGGUGGGGCAUAAAUUGGGGGAAUUGAAGCCUCGGCGUCACAACCGGAAGGAGGUUCAUGCGCGUGGGAAGGUUGCCAUCAAGAAGAAGAAGUAAGCGAGUCUUGAGGAAUAGUUUGUUGGUUGAAUAGUAUGAUGGUUUAUAGAUUGAGAAGUUGGUUUGAUGGUUUAACCUCCUCUUCGAAUUUUAUCGUGUAGUAGCAUAUGAGAUUUUUAACUAUUCUGUCAAACAAUCUAGAUGAUGAGUCAUAACUGGCUUUGGUUUUAUCUUGAAUAACAAGCAUUGUCUUUUCAAUU